AUGGCCGACUCAGGAAUAGGAACACUAUCUAAGGGCCUGCGAGGCCGUCGCUUCCCUAUUCGGCUUAUCCUGUCCUACCUCUCCGACUGGAUUGUUUGCUUUCUCUUUGUCGGUAUUGGAGGCUGGCUCGACCGUGUUGCGCCUGCUAAGCGACCAUUCUCACUUGUUGACCCUAGCAUCUCAUACCCCUUCGCCGAACAUGAACUCGUUCCCGCUUACCUCCUCUUCGUCCUCGCCAUUGGCGUUCCCUUCGUUAUCGUUGCGGUUAUCUCUUUGAUCUUCGUGCCGGGUCCGACUGUCCCCAAGGGGACUCCCAAGAGUCUCAUAUGGCAGCGCAAACUUUGGGAGCUUCAUGUCGGUGUUCUUGGGCUUGUUCUCUCGCUGACCUUGUCAUGGUUCUUCACCAGCUCUAUGAAGAACUUAUUUGGCAAACCUCGACCAGAUCUCCUUGCCCGCUGCAAACCCGAUUUGAAGAACAUCGCGAAGUACGUUGUUGGGGGUCUCGAAUGGCAGAGCAUGACCGGUCAGCUCGUUUCGGCCAACAUUUGCCAGCAGACGGACAAGUACAAGAUUGAUGAUGGCUUCCGCUCAUACCCUAGCGGUCACUCUUCCACUGCCGCUGGCGGCCUGAUCUAUGCUUCGCUCUUCAUAGCCAGCAAGUUCGCUGUUACUAUUCCUUUCGUUAUGCCCUCAGCUGCCUCUGUUGCGGGAGCUGCCAGCCACGCGGCUUUCCCCUCUCGCAUCAACACAGGUCCCACAGUCGAUCCUUACGAGCCCUCGCGCGCCCGUGGCCCUGACGGAUCCUUCUCAUCUGCACCCACGAAGGAGCGCGCAGGACAAGACACCGCUAAGGUCCAGUCUCUGCGUCGCCAAGCUGCAGCGCCCCCAAUUUAUCUACUCGCUCUUGGCCUCGUGCCCUUCGCCGUUUCCAUCUUUAUUGCUGGCUCGCGUUGGCACGACCGCCGUCACCACGGCUUCGAUAUUCUGUUUGGCUACCUGAUGGGUCUCAUUGCCUCCAUCUUUGCUUUCCGUUAUUACCAUUUGCCUAUCCGCGCCGGUGCGGGAUGGGCGUGGGGUCCUCGAAGUGACGAGCGCGCCUUUUGGGCUGGUGUUGGACGACACGGAUAUGCUGGAACAGACGAGGAGCUCGGCGCCUACGCUCCACAGCGUGAUACGGGUCUUUCUGCAGAUACAUCAUACCCACCUAUGACAUCUGCCCUGGCUCAACGAAACGUUCGCCCAGCCCAGGAUCAAGAACCUCGUCCUAGCCAGAACUUUCAAGACGUGGAGCUGCAGCGGAUGGACGACUCUGAUCGCCUAGAAAAUAGGUUCCCUGAUAAUAGAUUCGCUGAGAGCCGAUAUGGUGAUGCCCAUCACCCUGAAAAUCGUGUUUAG